AUGGCGACCCCUGAAGAAAGCAGCAACCCCCAUGAGAGAGCGACACCCCAGCUGCCAGCACAGCUGCAGGAGCUUGAGUCUCGGGUGGCCCGGAGACGCUUGUCCCAGGCCCGCCACCGAGCCACCCUGGCAGCGCUCUUUGACAAUCUCAGGAAGACAGUGUACUCUCAGUCUGAUCUCACAGCCUCAAAGUGGCAGGUUCUGAAUAAGGCGAGGAGUCAUAUUCCGGAACUGGAGCAAACCCUGGAUAAUCUGCUGAAGCUCAAAGCAUCCUUCAACCUGGAGGAUGGGCAUGCAAGCAGCUUAGAGGAGGUCAAGAAAGAAUAUGCCAGCAUGUAUUCUGCAAAUGACAGUUUUCCUCAGAAUGGUUCCUCCCCUUGGUACCUCAACUUUUACAAACAGACGAUGGACCUUCUGACUGGCAGCGGGAUCGUCUCCCUGCAAGAGGUGGCUCUGCCCAUCGUCUCCGCAGCCAUCUCCCACCUGUGGCAGAACCUCUCGGAGGAGAGGAAGGCCAGCCUCCGGCAGGCCUGGGCACAGAAGCACCGUGACGCGGCGAGCAUGGCGGGGGCCUGCCAGGAGGCGGCCUGUGCUGAGGGCAGCGUGAAGGACAGCGGCGUGGACAGUCAGGGGGCCAGCUGCUCAUUGGUCUCCACGCCCGAGGAGAUCCUUUUUGAAGAUGCCUUUGAUGUGGCAAGUUUCCUGGACAAAAGUGAGGUUCCAAGUACCUCUAGCUCCAGUUCAAUGCUUGCCAGCUCCAACCCAGAAAACCCAGAGGAAAAGUUUCAGCUCUAUAUGCAGAUUAUCGACUUUUUUAAAGGUCUUGGCUGUGCCAACACUCGAGUAAAACAGGAGGCAUCCUUUCCUGUUGAUGAAGAGAUGAUCAUGUUGCAGUGCACGGAGACCUUUGACGAUGAAGAUUUGUAACACAGAAGCGGGGCUGGCACGGGAGGGACUGAAUGAGGUGGGCAGUUCCCAAGGUUGAAUGCUGGCAGCUAAGGUUGCAUGUGCCUUGGCCUCCAGGACUCUUUGGAGUGGGUUGUUCCAGAAGCAUUUUGAUGAUUUUCUGAUUAUUAUAAUGUAUAAGAGAAGCAUGGCCUCGUGUUGGUCUCUCGGGGCUGUUUGGCAUAAAGGGCUGGCCUGCUGCUAUUGUGCUCCUAUUAGGGAGGUAGGAGCACAGCUGGGGCCCAGGCCAUGGGCACUUCAAGGAGGACAGGCAGGGUCUGUCCUUGGAGGUGACAUAAUGCCAGGUACUUUCAGCAUGUCCUGGGCACAGGGCAUUGCCCUGAUGGGUUCUAGAGAGUUCCAGAGCCCACCUGUUCAUCCUGCACACUCUGAGAGCCAGGGGCAGUGCCGACCUCAACCCUGUGCUACAGGACAGCUGGGUGGAACCAGGUAUAUCUGCUGCUCCUGGUAAUAAAGUCACCUGAAUGGGAGCUGCAGUGAGGUCCCAGGCAUUUUUCUGAGGGCUUUCUGUGAGGCUUCUG